AUGAUAUGUAUGUGGCGCUGUUUAGUGUUUAUUGUGUAUUGUAGCAGCGAGGCCAUGAAAAAGCCUGUUUCAACGACGGAGCCUUCGAGGUCAUUAGAGGGUGUCUCCUCGAUCCUUUGCAUGGCAAACAAGUGUGGCUCCACUGAUAUGAUGGAGCGUUACCGCAAUCAACUGGUGGAUCGUGUAUUAGCGCUUACCUCGUGUAUUAUUGAAAGAAUAACUACUGCGUUGAAUACUGACGUGACGUCAAAGGCGACACCAAGGAUAGGACGAUACAAGGAUAUGAAUACUGUCAUCUCUGGGAGAACUCCAGAUUAUGGUAAGCGUACCUUUGUUGCCGACCGUAUUUACGAUAAACGUAAUGGUAGGUUACAUCGUGGGAUAGGUCCCACACGAGAAAGGGCAUUUACAAUGCCCGUUAUUUGCACGACAUUGCCUGAAGUGAUGCCUCCAAUGAACAUGAGCACUAAUUCGGUAAUGACAAUUAACAUCAGUGAUUCUCGAUCCAAGUUGAAUAUCACGUCUUCAGAGUUGCCACUUUUUACCCCCAUUAAACAAAUUUU